AUGGAAAUAAAACGGUGGAGAAUAAUCUUUGUCACACUAGCCGGUUUCUACGUUGUUUGUAACAUUGCAUAUAAUGUUUUUGGAAGCAGCGACCGUCAGGAUUGGGACAGGUGUGAUAAGAAGAUAUUUGGAUACAUUAAUGAUGUAUCAGGCUUGGAAAUGGAAGAACUGAAUCAAACUAAAACGAUAAAAAAAGUAGUAGAGGAGGACACUGUGGUA